CGCGGCAUGGUGAGCGUGCAUAAGACGGGGCGGGCAUGCAGCAUCUUUCUUCAUUCGCUUCUCGAGCUUCGCCAGUGCAAACGACAUUUUCGCCAAAUUAACUCAGUUUUCUGAUCGACUUCCACAAAUUCGUUUCCGGUAAGACUCUCGCCCGUGAAACCAUGUCUUCUGCUGCCGUGUAUCUUGAGGGGGCAAGCCGCCCGGACGUCCAGGGCGCGACCAUGCUACACCACCGGUCGAUGACAGGAGCCAUCGGCGAGUCCACAGCUCCCCGUAGCCGUCCAAUUGAUGGAGUUUUCGGUCUCUUCAAAUCAAUGCCCACGCCUCCGUCAACCGUGACCACCCAGAGCCAGCGAGUCCCCUUGGAGCCGUCCGCCGUUCAGACGCCGUCUGCAGCCGUACCAUCCAAGCGGGCCGUUGGCGGUGGCCGUCGCCGGGCCCGCACCAACUACACACCGGAGCAGCUCAGCGGGCUUGAGACCCUCUUCGCCAAGACCCAGUACCCGGGCAUCGACGAGCGCGAGGCGCUGGCGGAUGCCGUCGACCUCUCCGAGGCUCGUGUUCAGGUUUGGUUCCAGAACCGACGUGCCAGGCUCCGCCGAAGGCAACGUGACUCCGUGAGCGGUGCCUCCUCCCCAGAGUCUGUCUCACCGAAAGCCCCGGAAUCCUCCCCGUCAAAGCCCGCCAAGAAGAGCAAGCCAAGCGGUCCCAAGAACGCAUCGGCUUCUCCGAGCUCAUCGGCUUCUCCGCCCAGUGCCACGUCUCCGGCGUCCGCGAGCCCACCUUCGCCAGCCCAACACCGUUACCUGGAGGUCUGCACCCAGGCCUGCUGUGCUCCUGCAGCACCUCAACACUCCGCGAGACCACACAUCCUCCAGCACUCCGGCGCUCAGUACAUCACUGGGGCUUCCAAGGGGUAUUACCCGUGGGCGUCCUUGGGCUAUGGUGCCUUCCAGCCUGGUGUAGCGCAGGGUUACCACCCAUACACCUACCUCUACCCAGGGGCUAGUCCCUUCUACUUGGACUACAACCUGCCGCUGCCUGCUGCCUCUGCCUCCUACCCGGCUGUCUCCAUCCAAGACGUCACACGUGGACUUGACUCGUCCACCAUCUUGGCGCCAACUUCCCAUCACAUGUAAACUGGACAUGAGCCCAACCUGAACUGUAAAUAUUUGUACAGAAAUAAUAUAAGAACGUUUAGUUUGAGUUUGAAAUAAGUAACAUACAGCACUCUUUUAGAAUAUUAGCUUGGGGAUCUUUUCACCUGUCUUGCUUUGUAUAAUUUUGAAAUUAAGUAAACUCUUGCCUUUUUGUUUUAGUAUUGUUGACGUUUUUACUUUUAGUUUGAGUUUGAAAUAAUUAACAUACUCUUUAUGAGCUUUGGGAUCUUUUCGCGUGAUUGCUCAGUAUAUAAUUUGCAAAUUAAGUAAACUCUUGCCUUUUUUGUCCUAGUAAUUGAGACGUUUUUACAAUGUUAAAUCUCUGGGUUUUAUUUUUUGCAAAAGUUCAUUUUAUUCUUCUUAAAAAAAUUAAUAUCCACUGAAGUGACCAAAUCCACAUAGGUAAUCUUGUUUAAACUUUACACCUUUUCUACCUCCAAGUAUAAAACUUUAUCUUUUAAACACAUAGCUAAUAAUAUGACGGUAAAAAAGACCAAUGUUUCAGUGAUCUAAUUCUCUCACUUUUUAUGGAAAGCUGUUUUUUUAUGUUAUUAAAUAGUUUGUAAGAACAUGUAUUAACCUCAUAGCCAACUUUCUGAGAUAGCAUGGUGCUGUCAAGCUAUAAAGAUUAUCGUUCCUUCCAGAUCUGUAUUUGAAUAAAACAAAUAUAUUAUUAUGAGAACUA